AUGAAGCUCCAAGUGUUCUGGACUGGGCUGGAAUACACCUGCCGGCUCCUGGGCAUCACCACGGCUGCAGUGUUGAUCGGCGUGGGCACCGAGACCUUACUCCGUGGGCAGUACAAAAGCCUGGCUUUCUACCUGCUGUUUAUAGGAGCUGCCAUGUCCCUGUGUGAAGGCGCCUACUUCGCGGCUCAGCUGCUGGCCGUGUGCUUCCGGUGCCAGCCAGGGUCUCUGGCCCACAGAGCAAAGGAGAAAGCCCACUGGCUGGGCUGCUUUCAGAAGUUCCUGGCCUACAUGCUGCUGUCAGUGGCCUGCUUCCUCCACCCUGUCCUGGUCUGGCACGUGACCAUCCCAGGCACCAUGCUCAUCAUCACAGCCGUGGCCUACUUCCUGCUGAGCAAGCGGAAGAAGAAGAAAGGCACCCCCGAGGCGCCACCCCCGCCCCCGCCCGAGCAGUACACGGACCCCUCCAGCAGCGCCGUGAGCACCACGGGCUCCGGGGACACGGAGCAGACAUACACCUUCCACGAGGCCCUCAGGGAGGGGCCAGGGUCCCUCUUCACUCACAUGAAGAGCAUCUUGAAGGGGACCAAGAAACCCAGCGCCCUGCAGCGCCCCAACACUCUCACAGAGCUCACGCUGCAGCCGGCCGACUCCCCAGCCAAGAAGAAACAGGUGCACUUCGAAGACAACGUGGUCCGGAUCAUCCCGACCCUCGCUGAGGGGCUGGAGGAAGGUGACAGCGAGUCAGAGGAGACCACCUCUGAUACGACGCCCAUCAUCCCCACCCCACAGCCCCUGCCCCUGCUGUCUUCACUGUCGGCCACCACUGGCCUGUUCUGA